AUGGCUGCCGCCACUAUGAGCCACGUGUUCGAAUACGAGAACGAGUUAAAUGAUAACUUGUACAACCUAAAGAUGUCUGGCAAUAUCAACAACAACAACAACAAUAACAACAAUAAUAACAAAACAAGUAACAAUAGUAAAACAAUGAGAAGAAUGUUAAAACCAUUGUUACGUUUGUUAAAGAAGAAAACAAGUAAAGGAAAAUAUAAUAAAUGUUCAAAAAUUGCCAUGACACCAUCAGACAUCUUCACCGAGGAAGUUGACAAUCAAAACAACGCUAAUGAAGCCUUGGAAAGAAGAUUAUUGGCUGAACUUGAAGAUGCUGAGGAGGGUGCUGCCAUUACCGUUUGUCUUGACGGUCAAAUGACAGUUGUACCGGUUGUUCCUGGUCAGUGUUACGUACCUGUACACUUUGCACACACCCACGCGGGUGAUUUCUAUUGGACAACCCUAACACUUGCUGACAGUGAUCUUUGCUACAAGGAACGAGCAUUUUCGCAACAUCAAACACCUGAAAUGCAAGUUGCGUGA